AUGAAGCUUAACCCGAACGACACGAAGAAUCAGGACCAUUAUAAAGUAUUGGGAUUGUCAAAACUCCGUUUCAAGGCGACAUUAGCGGAGAUUAGAUCGUGUUAUCGCGCUAAGGUCCUGAAAUAUCAUCCCGACAAGAAAAAACAUAGAGGCGAAGCUCUCCCAGCAGGAGAGGAUUACUUCACCUGCAUUACAAAGGCUUACGAACAGCUUGGCAUGUCGGAAGCAAAGAGGCAAGCCUACGAUUCCGUUGACCACAAGUUCAACGAUGCCAUACCUAGUGAGAAGUCGGUGAACAAGGAUAACUUCUUUAAUGAAUUGGCUCCUGUUUUCGAACGGAAUUCAAGGUGGUCCACCCGACAACCCGUGCCAUCAUUGGGAAAGGAAGAUUCAGCAAGAGCGGAUGUAGAAGCAUUUUAUAACUUUUGGUUCGAUUUUUCAUCGUGGAGGGAGUUUUCAUAUCUGGAUGAAGAGGACAAAGAAAGAGGCGAAGAUCGAUAUGAAAGAAGGGAGCUUGAGAAAAUAAAUAAGGCGGAACGAGAACGGAGGAGGAAAGAAGAGGCGAAGCGAAUACGACGCCUCGUUGAAUUGGCCUACGCUAAAGAUCCUCGAAUCGCAAAGUUCAAGAGGGAAGAUCAAGAGAUGAAGAAUAAAGCGAAGGAGGAGAAGCAGAGGAAGCAAAGGGAGAAGGCUGAAGCUGCUGAGCGAGAGAGGCGUGAGAAGGAGGAAGCAGAAAUGAGGGCAAAAGAAGAGCAGGAAAGACUGAUGAAAGAAGAACGAGAACGAGAGAAGAAAGAGAAGGAAGCGAUUAAAAAGGCUGCUGCUGCGCAGCGACGACGAUUCAAGAAGCUUGCUGAAGCAGCAAAUCAUUGGUCGGAGAAUGCGGCAGAGAAGUUAGCAGAGAUGGAGCGCGUCGAGCGGUUGUGUCUUUCGCUAUCAGCUGAUGAAAUGGCAUCGCUUUGUGAUGCCAUUGAAAAGGUCACUGUGCGAGACGAUAUUUUGGCAGCUAUCUCACAAGCAGAGGCGUCGAAGCGGAACGGCACCACAAAAGUUGAUUCGAAAGGUAGUGAUAAAACUAAAGAGGCGGAAAAGUCAGCAGCUGUUUGGACCAGUGAUGAAAUUCAAUUACUAGUUAAGGCAUCCAAUACAUAUCCAGCGGGAACAGUUAAUAGAUGGGUUAUUAUAGCUGAAUAUAUUAAUGAACACCGCAAAGACAAAUCGACGCCGCCUAAAAAUGAGAAACAAGUUAUCAGACAGUGUAAAGCGGUGCAAUCAAUGAAUGUCAAACUACCGGCUACUACUCAAAACCAGCUGGGUGCCUCACUCCCUGACGAGGACACAUGGACAGUCACUGAACAGAAACUUUUGGAGCAAGCCAUAAAGACAUUCCCUGCAUCAGAUCCAGAACGGUGGGAUAAGAUUUCUACUGCCGUUGCAACGAAAUCAAAAAAGGCAUGCAUUCGACGUUUCAAAUAUCUCGUACAAAUGGUGAAAAACAAGAAAGAAGAAGGUUCAUCCUAA